AUUACUCAGUGCAAAUUCCCGGACUGCUCGGAGGGGAGAAGGCAGGGGGCGGAGGAGAGAGCGCGGCUGCCGGCGCCUCGCCGGGGGCUCCGAGGGCUGGAGUGGCUGCCGCCUGGUCCGGCAGGAGCAGCCCGCGGCCGUUCUGGCUCCGGUGGCCUCACCAGGAAGCGUCAGAGUCUCGGCGCUGGGGAAGCUCCGAGCGCCGCCGCCUGCCGCCGGCUCUCGGUCCCCGAGCCCCGUGCGCUGCUCCCGCCCGGCGCCCCCCUCCCCCGCGGACGCUCCGGCCCGGGCGCCCGCCCCGGCGAUGGCUGGCCGCUGAGCAGCAGCUCCGGACGGCCACCCCAGCGCGCUCGGCAUGGCUGCGAGAGAGGAGCUGUACAGCAAAGUCACCCCGCGGAGGAGCCGCCAGCAGCGCCCGGGCACCAUCAAGCAUGGGUCGGCGCUGGACGUGCUCCUCUCCAUGGGGUUCCCCAGAGCCCGCGCACAAAAAGCCUUGGCAUCCACGGGAGGAAGAAGUGUUCAGGCAGCAUGUGACUGGUUGGUUAUUCUCCCAUGUCGGCGACCCCUUCCUGGAUGACCCUCUGCCUCGGGAGUACGUCCUCUACCUCCGACCCACCGGCCCCUUAGCACAGAAGCUCUCCGACUUCUGGCAACAGUCAAAGCAGAUCUGCGGGAAGAACAAGGCACACAAUAUCUUCCCCCACAUUACCCUCUGCCAGUUCUUUAUGUGUGAGGACAGCAAGGUGGACGCGCUGGGGGAAGCCCUGCAGACCACCGUCAGUCGCUGGAAGUGCAAGUUCUCCGCGCCGCUGCCCCUGGAGCUCUAUACCUCCUCCAACUUCAUCGGCCUCUUCGUGAAGGAAGACAGCGCUGAGGUCCUCAAGAAGUUUGCCGCGGACUUUGCUGCAGAGGCUGCGUCCAAAACCGAAGUGCAUGUGGAGCCUCAUAAGAAGCAGCUGCAUGUGACCCUGGCUUACCACUUCCAAGCCAGCCACUUACCCACCCUAGAGAAGCUGGCCCAGAAUAUCGAUGUCAAACUCGGCUGCGACUGGGUGGCUACCAUAUUCUCUCGAGAUAUCCGAUUCGCUAACCAUGAGACGUUACAGGUGAUCUACCCCUACACCCCACAGAAUGACGACGAGCUGGAGCUGGUGCCUGGGGACUUCAUCUUCAUGUCUCCAAUGGAGCAGACCAGCGCCAGCGAGGGCUGGAUCUACGGCACGUCCUUGACCACCGGCUGUUCGGGGCUCCUGCCUGAGAACUAUAUCACCAAGGCUGAUGAAUGCAGCACCUGGAUAUUUCACGGUUCUUACUCGAUCUUAAAUACAACAGCUUCCAACGCGCUGUCAUUCGGCGAUGGCAUGAUGGAGAGGCGGCAGUAUGAGGACCAGGGUCUGGGGGAGACGACACCCCUGACUAUCAUAUGCCAGCCCACGCAGCCUCUGAGGGUCAACAACCAGCUUGGUCCUCAAAAGAGAUGCCUUUUUGUGUGUCGGCAUGGAGAGAGGAUGGAUGUUGUGUUUGGCAAGUACUGGCUCUCCCAGUGCUUCGAUGCCAAAGGCCGCUACAUACGCACCAACCUGAACAUGCCUCACAGCUUACCUCAGCGGAGUGGUGGUUUCCGGGAUUAUGAGAAAGAUGCUCCGAUCACCGUGUUUGGAUGUAUGCAAGCAAGACUAGUGGGUGAAGCCUUAUUAGAGAGCAACACCAUUAUUGAUCACGUCUACUGCUCCCCAUCCCUGCGCUGUGUUCAGACUGCGUACAACAUCUUGAAAGGUUUACAACAAGAAAAUCACUUGAAGAUCCGUGUAGAGCCUGGCUUAUUUGAGUGGACAAAAUGGGUUGCUGGAAACACAUUACCCGCGUGGAUACCUCCAUCAGAGUUAGCGGCAGCCAGCCUGAGUGUGGAUACAACCUACAGACCUCACAUUCCAGUCAGCAAAUUAGUGGUUUCGGAAUCCUAUGACACCUAUAUUAGUAGAAGCUUCCAAGUAACAAAAGAAAUAAUAAGUGAAUGUAAAAGUAAAGGAAAUAACAUUCUGAUUGUGGCUCACGCAUCCUCCCUUGAGGCAUGUACCUGCCAGCUUCAGGGGCUGUCACCUCAGAACUCCAAGGACUUCGUACAGAUGGUCCGGAAGAUCCCAUACUUGGGGUUUUGUUCCUGUGAAGAAUUAGGAGAAACUGGAAUUUGGCAGUUGACAGAUCCACCUAUCCUUCCUCUUACCCAUGGACCAACGGGGGGCUUCAACUGGAGAGAGACCCUGCUACAAGAAUAAGCCACAUCAGUGAAUGAGAAAAGGCCUUAGACUUUGGGAGACGUACCUUGUGUUUUUAGUAACAGUGGAAAAUACGUACCACAUUCUAAGUGGACAGCUCAGAAUCAUUAGGCAUAUUUCCUUUCUUGCUUCUUACAUGAGACUGUGUGAAUGAGAGAAAGACUUGAUUCGGGGAUACAAUUCAUUCUCUCUGAAUAUACCCAGCUAGCAAGGUUCUCAAGAAUUGUCUUCCUAAAUCAAGGCACCUACCGAGGCACAGGAUGUGUUCUCCCUUCUGUCUGUGCGUAGCUACGGAGCCCGAGUCCUCACAGACGGGGCUGCCCGCCCGCUCUGAGCAAGGACGCAGAGGGAAGACGGACGUCCCGAAUCCAGCUGGAGGGACACCGAGCUGCCGUGUUGGCGGUGGGAUUUCCUUUCACGCUAUAGGUUCCAGUCAGGCAAAGCCAAGCUGAGGAAUUCCUUUAAAUUUAGUAGAAAACAUGCCUCCGCAGAGAGCUGUUCUUAAGUUACGUGUCAAAGUCUGCUCUCAGUGUGACCCACACCCCAGCGCUGACUCAAGUCACCUGCCCGAGGACUCCAGCGUUUACCGUAGUCCCGCCCAGCUUCUCCAGAGCGCCUGGCUCCAGCUGUUUGCUGCAGCCCUUCCCCUGUGCCCCUUGCUUCUGUCUGUGAAAUGGGGAGACAAAGCACUUCUGGACACUCAGGAGGAGGAUAACCUAAGUGUGUGAAGUAUUCGAUUGUAGGAACAGAGAACUUGCAAAACAGAAAGUGACUUGGGAUCCUUACCCACGCUGUAGCCCCACGAGCCGCGAUUUGCUUGUCUGUACCCCUAGAGUCGAGACCGUGUGGACAUUUUGAAAGGAUGUGUGGUACAUUGAGUCAGCAAGAAUCUCAUCCUUGUGCAAUACGGACAUCUUUACAAACCGUACCAAGCGGCGGGUUGUUGUACCCUUAGAGUACAUGUCAGUCAGAAGAGAACACGCACAGAACAUGAUCGGUUCUACCAGGGAUGGACAAUGAAGUCAGGAAACUAAUGUAAAUGAUGACAGUCACAACUGUCCUGCUACAUGCGCGGUCAUCAUCGUCUGUUUUUCUGUGAUAAUUUAAAAUAUGUAGGUAGGGCUACUUAAGGAAAGUUGGGAGACCCACCCCCUGUGGUUUCUCAUCACGCUUGCUCCCUGAAUUUAGAGGAAAUUUAUUUUUAAAGAAAAAUAAAUGACAAUCAAACCAAAACAUCAGUUAUCAGUGUCUAUUUAAUUGUACAACUAGCUGACUGUUGCAGCAGCAGACGAUGGUCUGAUAUGAUAUGGUUCACUAUGUACAGUGCGUGCGCAAAAUGAAAUCCCAGCCAUUUAAAGAGAACAUUAGUAUAAAAUCAAGGUACACUGUGGCAUUGGAUAAGAUUCAAAACCCAAAUGCAUAAACAUAUAUGAAAACAGAUCAUGCUCCUAUUUGAAACUGGAGUUUGAUGAUGCCUGAAGGGGGAAGGAAGAGAAAGGAGGUUGGCUCUGUAUGUCAAUCAGCAAGAGGAUGAUAUACUUGGGUUUUUUUUUUAAGUCCCUUAGAGAAACAUGUCACGAAUUUUACAUUUUUAAAGCACACCUCCAUUUCUUUUAGUAUUGCACACUGAUCCAGUUUCUGGGUAUAGAAAUAACUCUGUGCUGACAUCAUUUGAUUAAUAUAAAUGUUUUAACUGUAAAAUUGGGGAAAUGCUCCGAGUAAAGGUUUUAAGAGAAAAGUCACAUUACAGCUAAUGUAAUGUCGCUGCCAUUCAUUUUUUAUCUGUAAUGACAUGAAUCCACUGCCUAAUCAAAUUUGUAGUAUUUAUUAGAGUUUCUGCAGAUGGUUAUGGACUUUCAGUGCUCAGAACAAUGCCUGGACCGCUCAUAUCCCAUUUCCUUGAAGCCUGUAGCAGUGUGUUCUGGGCAGUGUCUGUACUUGUAUAGAACAUAAUUCAGACAGGUUAUCAUCCUCCUCCUCUCAGUUGUCUUGAGAGGUGAGUAAAAAAAUUUAUGCCUCUACUUUAACUACCCAGAUUAUGAAAAUGGCCAGAAUGAUCUGAAUUCAUGUUAAAUUCUUUUUCUAUUAACCUAUUUUAAAAAACUAAACUGAAGACUCCAGUUAAGAAAUUCUCUGGAAAUCAUGUUGAAUCUCUGUGUAAUAAAAGGACCAGUCAACUGUAUUACAUAAUUUCAUAUUCAUCCAAAAAUUCUUGGUUGAUACUAAACCUUGAAGUACACGCUAGUUUCUUUUUGAUCUGAGGCUGAUGCUAAUAUUAUUAAGAACAAAUGUGUCAGCGAAGGAGAAGGGAAGGAGGAAGGAGGGAACCCAGAAGAAAAUGCCAGAUAAGAACUAAAUGGUUUCUUGUAGGGAGGACUUUUUUUCCUAAAUGUGUGAAUUUACCUGACAUAAACUAAACCGAAAUUAAAGGUUUUAAUCGGGGACUGAAAGUCUGAAAGUUUGCUGCUUGUGUAACUGUGCCACAUCAAUCUGCUAAUGCCCUCGUUUUAUUCAUAGAUAGGACUUCGGUUUCAAUGAUUUCAAAAUGCCACAACUCUUCCUCUGCGGACGAGAAUAAUUGGCACAUUUUAAUGCACAAACUGGGGGUUUCAUUUUCCCAGGCUCUCUUCUCCAUCACUGUUUUGGUAGCUAGGAGCGUCCUGCUUCACCGGGGUAGGGAGCUCAGAAUAGUGUUUUCCAUUUCAUUUAGAUUCAUAGAAUCUGAAUGGCUGAUUAAAUGGCCAUCUGAUGGCUGACAGAGGGGGUGGUAUUUUUCACUCUGCUAGGGAAAGCCUCGGAGGAGUUUCUAGUUUUUAUUUGAAUUAUACUUUAACCAAAGAAUUGUUUUAAAAUAACCUUAUAUUUGAAAGAGGAUUUUGCAAAAAAUAAAAAUAAAAAAAGAUAAAAAAAUAAUAUCUUCUGGAAUUAUGUCAGUUCGGUAAGUCACUGUCGAUCAUUUUCUUGCAUUUUAGGCUGAUGUGGUCAUUUUCCUGUCAGUGGUAUUUGGCAUGUGAAUAGAUGGUCAUCUAUUUGUGCUUAGCGUUACCAUAAAUGUAUCUUUCCCACUCAACUGGCUGUGUUCGUAUUAAAUGAAGUCUCUUAUUGCAGUCACCUCGUGUCACUGGGAUCUAAUUGGUGAGCUACAGUAAGAGCAGUUCCUAUCUCACUGCCUUUGUGGAAAGGCGUCCGUCCCCGUGUAGUAAAAAGGGAGGCAUGCCCCGUAACCUAGGCACUCCGCGACUCCGGCGUUUAAUUCGAAAGCAGUGAUGAAUUGCUCUUUUGAAUUUACUCUAAGUAAAGCGUGUGUUAGAAUACAGAUGAACCUCCUUUAAUUUUCACGGGCAAAAUCACAACUGUACUGUGUCUGCACGCACGUCUCAAGAUAAUGAGGUGCAGGGUUAUUUGCAUUUAAAUUGUCCUGCGCACGUGUGAGAACUGAGCGCCUCAGUCGGGCUGCCUCGCCAGGAGGGAUGAGACUGGCGGAGGAGGGCAGGGGGAAGAGGGAUUUAACAUCGAUUCAGCUGAAUAUUCACUUUUUAGAGGUGAUGGAGGGCUAUUUUGGUAGGCGAUGGCAGAUGCUUUUCAUGUUUAAACAUAAGAUUAGAACUGGAUUUGCUCCUCUUUAAUACUUCAACAUACUGAAUUUUUGCUGGAAAUUCAAUAUGUUGGGAAUUGACUAGCUCUCCCUAAAAUUCAAGGAAAGGAACAAAACGCCUCAAUACAGAGGAAACAACUUGAUUUUUAAAUACAUAUAAUAUCAUGUUCAGUGUAUGAGGUUUAAAAUUACAGUGAUGAGUAGUCAAGCAAUAUACAAUCAGUUCUGAAAAAUGCUUUACAUGGUACCACUUAACUGCCAUUACCACACAAAAACUGGGAUUUUGCAGCUGCUCAUCUGUUCUUGGACUCCGUACAGGAUUCAUGUGUAUAAUUGGAAAUGUGUACUGUUCUCUGAUGGCCCCUAAAGAGGGGAACACUAUCCCAAAGCAUUUUGGUUAUGUAUAAACCUUUCUAAACUUGCUGCUUUUGAAGGUAUAAUUGCGUUUCUUUCUCAUUUAUAAGGCAACUGUAUCAACUUUUUUUUUCUACGUGAUUCAGAUGUCUUUAUCUCAAGAAAAAGGUUUGUAAUUGUAAAACAGAAAACCACACCUAACUGUAUGGCCAAACUCCUUGUAACCCACCCGUGGUGUCUGUGCUCCCUGCCUGCCCUUUCUCUCCAGUUCUAGCACCGCUGUAAUUAGUCCAGUCCUCUCCAUGAGUAUCUCCAUUUAAGUGGUUCACAGAUGAUUUAAUAAAGAGGAACUGUGUCCUCAGUCGAUCCAGAGCAAUCUCAUAUGAAACUGAGUGGUCUCUCUUCCUAACGUGCUUUUAGUUGUUGCUGUGGUCCGUGCUUUUUCACAAAUGUUAUUAAGAGUGUGACUUCUCGCAGAGGGCCAGAGGAGAGGGUGUGCCAGCAGCCUGUGGGUCUCUGGUCCCUUCCGGUCAGACAUCUCCCUGAGUCAGGGUGGAGAGGGGCAAACGCACAUAGGGGAGAGAGAGAGAGAGCAGAAGUUCCAAAAUGCUUCCACUGCCCCAUGGCCCAGCCUUCAUCCUCACCAACACCCACCUUGAGGAGGGGCCACAGCAUAAGAAUUUGGCUAAGAGAGAGGAAAAAAUUCCAUUCAAACAAGGUCCCAGGCUAAUAAAAGCCACAGACCCCUUUUUGAAGUAUGGCUAUGUUAAGCUAAUAGAUUUUAAAAUAAGCCAUGUAUGCAAAUUUAUGUGCAGGCUAUAAAUGCGGAUUCUGAUCAACACAACCAGCUAGUCGCCUGGCAGGGUUUUACUUCCUGAGGAAACAACGGCUAAUGCUCAUGUCUGACAAAAGACCAAGCUGUGUUUAGCCUUGUGGCUGGUCCUCAGCUGUUCUCUGCUUGAUGGCUUCCCAAACUCAUUUUGCCCUUUUGUGAUGUAUGGAAAGCCUCCCUGCACAUCUAGAGAAAAUGAAUGUGCCCUUUGGAUUUGUUUAAGCUGAAAUCAGAAAAAUUUUUUUGGGAAAGGGGAGCUGAGGACCAAAAACAGUCUUUCUUCUGAAGAAAUAAUACUUUUUGUUGCCAGAAAUAAACAUGUAAAACCCACAUGGCCUGCUCCUGGCUGUGAAAAGAUGUCAAGGUCUAUUUAGCUGCUUGUAUUAUGUCGAUAGGGCAAUCCAGAAGGUCUGUGUUUCACUGGAGAAGAACCUCAUGUUGUACCAGAGAAGAAGCCCUACUUCUGGAGUCAGAUAGAGCUGGUUGACGAUCCUGGCUCGGCUGCUUACCAGAUCCCUUAAACUGACCUCAUCUGUAAAAUGGGCCCAUUGAUUUUUACAGCAUGGUUGUAUCAAACAGGGUAAUGAAUAUAAAAUACCUAAUACUAUAUGCUAAUAAAUAUAUUGCUUUCACUAAGGCCAAGGUAAAACCACACAUCAAGCCACUUUCUUGUC